UUUUUCAACGAAGAUUAUCAGCAGAGCCGGCGUGCCCUAAACAUGUCUCGGGUUCUUACUUGGCGAUUGAUAAACUUUGCAAGAGUUAUGCGUGGAAAAAUAAAGCCACUUUAUUGUUCAAAGAUGGGAUUAGUGAAGAAGUGAUGAAAAAGCUCAAUCCGAAAAUUAAAAUCGAAUAUCCUGAUUAUUCAGAUCUACUUCUACCUCUACCUCUACCUAUUCCAAUCUUUACCG